GAGAGUGUGCGUGAAGAAGCAGUGAACACUGAAGAUGGCGAUUAUUAUUCUUGUCGAACGUGCUGAUAAUAGUAAUUGUCUGUGAUUUGUGUGUUUGAUAAUUAUUUAAUUAAUGGUUCAUUCUCAUUAUUUGCUAAUGUGGUUUGUCAUUUUACCUCGGACAAAUUUAUAUCCGUCUGCAUUACGUCUAUCCUGAGUUCAAGCUAGUCACUGUUAUAUAGGGACAAAAUGGACAUUCCGUUGCCCGAUGAUCUACCCCCGCUUCCACCGGACUGCACCCUAUCGGUGCCCAAAUCAGAGCUGGUGCAACUGGUGACCAAGUGCCCCCCUCCGCCCUUCAUGAUGGCCACACCACCCCCCUCCUGUCCUCCUCCUUCUCUUCCCCCUACUUGUCCUCCUCCUUCUCUUCCCCCUACCUGUCCACCCCCUUCUCUUCCACCUACCUGUCCACCCCCUUCUCUUCCCCCUACCUGUCCACCCCCUUCUCUACCCCCUACUUGUCCUCCACCUUCUCUUCCACCUACCUGUCCUCCUCCAUCUCAUCCCCCCACCUGUCCACCCCCUUCUCUCCCCCCUACCUUUCCUCCUCCUUCUCUUCCCCCCUCCUGUCCUCCUCCUUCUCUUCCCCCCUCCUGUCCUCCUCCUUCUCUUCCCCCUACCAACCGUCCCCCCACUCUGCCUCCUACUUUGCCUCCUAAUUUGCCUCCUUCUCUACCCCCUACUCUACCCCCUUCUUUGCCUCCUAAUUUACCCCCCACUUUGUCCUUCAGCUACAUGAAUACGCCGCCUCCCCCAAUCGCUCGCUCUACACCAUCUACCACCAUGCCCGCACCUGAUAUACCCAUGCCCGAGGAUCCUAACAGAUACUCUCCAAGCCUCCCGAUGGACGACGACCCACCCCCUUCCUCCUCGUCGUCAACACCCCCCAGCCAGCCCCCUCUGCCUUCUACGUCGCCCCCUCCCGCCCUGCCGCGGUCUAUAGUGCUGGGCAAGACUCAGGCCAAGAAGCGGCUGCUGGCCUUCUCCAUGACCAAGAUGGGCGGCGCUCAGGGUCUCUCGUUCAACCUCCCCAAAAAGCCCACCGCCCUCAAAGAUGCCGCCAAGGCGUUUCCGGGUGCUGCCGGCGCCGAAGAGCCCAAGAAGAAGCCCAAGAAAGUGCCUCAAGACAAAGCGAGGAACACAAUAAGUGAGAUAGAGGAGUUGAAGCGAAUGGAGAUGGAAGACCCUCGCUUGAUGCACAGAUUGCACCAGGGCUAUACCGGGGUGUCCACGCUGGUCAUCACAGUCCCUGAACCGCUAAAUGAAGGAGAAAAAGCAAACAGAGCGGAUUUGCCAGUUGACGAGCUUAUGCUGCGAAACCAGGGAAGGAGGAGGACAUACAACGAAGAUGACGAACUGGAAAGGCGGAGAAGGAGAGAGAAAGAAGAUAGGGAGAAGAAGAAGCGAAAGGAGAAGGUGCUGCCGAAUAACUGGGCCGAGUUCUCCAAGAACAAGCACAAGGUGUAUUAUUUCCGAAAGUACAAGAUUGAUGUCGAGAAGCAGGAGCGAGAGAAGACGCGGGGCAGUAGGCGGAGAUCGAGAGAGAGAAGGAGUCGGUCGAGAGAAGGCGACCGUAAGCGCGGCGACAAGAAGGGUGGUGGCUCGAAGAGACAGAACCUGCUGGACACCCCGCCAGUGUUGAAGAAGCCGCUGCUCGCCACCAAGGCGCACUGGAAGCCGGGCGAAGUUGACGCCGAGUUUCCGGCGCAUCACGUCUGCUUCAGUCGCGUCAAGCCGUCGAUCUCCUUCUGCGAAAAUCCGCGUCGCUCCACGCGUCACCUGCAGAGUCGCGAAGCUAUGCUGGCCACUGUUCCUGCCGAUGUCGAAGCCGUCAUACUUGGCUUCCUUAACGCCAUUCAGCCCAAACGACUCAAAUCCAAACCGGACGUCAACAUGGAGGUGAACAGCGAAAAAGAAAAUAACGGGGAAAAGGAGACCGAAGAAGAUGGCGGAAAAGAAGAGGAAGAAAUAGUGGAAUACACGGAGGAGGUCGAAGUGGAAGUAACCGAUGAUGAAGAGGAAGAAGAACCAGAAAAAGGGGUGAAAAAAGAAUCAAUGGAGUUGGGAUGCUCCAGUGAUUUACCAAAAACAGAACCGCUUGCGAAUGGCGAUGAUGAUGAUGAUGAAGAAUGGUUCAGAGGAUUCGAAGAUGUUGAUAAAGGAACGACAACCAAUGAUAUUGGAUUGAAUAGUCCUCCUAUUAAGAAGGAGAAGGAGAAAGAGGACAGUGCGAUAAUGGAGACUAGUAUCAAAAAAGAGAUGGGAGAAAAUCCACCUAUCAAAGAAGAACCAAUGCCAAAGAAAAAGAAAGUGAAACUCGAAAAGAGACUAGUUACUAAGACAAAAACUAUCAUCAAAUCCAAACCUUGUUUCAAGCCUCAUAGGAAUUGGUAUAGUAUUGAUGUUGUCUUUCAACCUGAUUCUGAAUCUGUAGGCGCUAUUGAAGAUUUUGAAGUCGAUCUAGAAGAACUGAAGGAAAUUCAAGCUCAGCAGGCGCAGCAAGUGGUGGCGGCGAGUGAACAAGUAGAAAAGGAGAACGAAGAGUUGGAGAAUGAAGAGGAGAUGGCUGAAGAACCAAUGGGUGAAGAGGAAACAAAAAAGUUCCUCCCAGUUGUAGAAGCCAGCAAGCCAAAGUCGAAAAAGAGCAGGAAGCGGAUUAAAUUGAACGAAUACGAAGAUUCCAGGGAUUUCGAAGAGGAAAAAAGGGACGUGAAGAAGAAGGAUCGAGAAGGAAAGAGGAAAUCCUCUGAAACAGAAAUUCGUGUUCGCUCAAAGUGGGACAGUGACUACGAGGAGGAAACUAGCCAGAAUGACAGUCAGACAAGGAAGGAAGAUGAGGAGGUUAAAAGGGAGUUGGAAAAGGAGAGCAACCCGGAUCGCCAUCGGUGGAACGAAGAAGCGGCAGAAGAAAAACAAGAAGAUAACUAUUAUUACAACAAUUGGAAUGAGAAUGAUAACUCCCAUCAUCAUCAUCAACAAAUAGAGGACUCGUUCGAUGGAAGGAUGGACGAGGAUAAUAGCAGUAAUAUCGAAUUGGAGAAAGAAAGUAUCUACUACAAGGAUACCAACAAAAACGGUACUGAAAACUAUGAUCACGACGACAAUGAUAUCAACGAUGAAGAGGAAUCGACAGCUGUCCCCAUGGAAAUCGAUGAAGAAGAGUCCAAUACAAAAGAUUCAGCGUCAGUAGAUUCGGGCUCCAAGGUGAGGAUGGCCGAAAUGGGGGAGAAACUGGCUUCCGAGUACGAGGAAUUCCUGAAGAUGGUCAGCUUCGAAGCCGAGGCAAAGCGAGAUGGAUCGAAUUCGGGUUCGGUGAGAUCGAGCGAGAAGGAGAGACGAGUUCUGUCGGAUAAGAACAGGAUGGAGGACAACGUCACACCUCCCCCAUCUGACGCCUUGACCAAGUCAUCGUCACCCUGGGAAGAAGAUGACCCCAGUAAACACAACUCAUCAGGUGCUGUCGAAACACACGACCUGACUGUCGACAAAGAGAACAAAUCUAGGACGGAGGAGGAGGAGGAGGAGGUUGUAGAGGGAGUAAUUGUUGAGAAGGAGGAGAACGAACUAGAGUGGGAGGGGAAGGAUAUGACCAAAAAGAAGAAGAAAAAGAAGGAUGGUAAAGAGAAGAAAGCGUCAAAGAAAAGUAAGAAGAAGGUGAUAUCGACGAAAGCGAAGAAAAACAAGAAAGAUAAGAAACGUGGACGUAAAAGGAAACGCAGUUCAUCUAGUAGCUCAGCCAGUAGCUCUGAUUCAUCAUCGGAAGAUUCUGAUAGUUCAAGCAGUAGCAGCAGCAGCAGCAGUAGUGAUGACAGUGAUAGCGAUAGUGAUAGCUCCUCUUCCAGUGAUAGUAGUUCUUCUUCUUCUAGUGACGACAGCUCGGUGGAUCGCAAAAAGGCCAAGAGAAAGAAGAGAGACAAAAAGAAGAAGCAGAAGGAGAAGAAGAAGCGUAAGAAGAAGAAGAAGGCAGCCAAGUCGAAGCCAACAUCCAGUGAAGAUGAGGACGAGAAUGACGACAGCGGUAAUGACAAGAAGAAAAAGAGAAAAGAGAAGAAAAACUCAAAGUCGAAAAAGAAGAGUUCUCAUAAAGACUCGAAACAUUCGCCCAAAAGUAAAAAGUCGAAACGUUCCAAGCAAGAGAAGAAAAAGAGUAAAGACGUCGAUAAAGAAGAAGAAGUAGUAGAUCCAGCGGUUAUUGAUAGUUUGAUGGUCGCCUAUCAAGAGCCACAGGAAGAAGACCAAAAUACCAAGAAGAGUAAGAGAAAGAAGAGAAGUAAAAAAGAAAUGGUUGAAGAGGAAGUGUCAGUGUUAUUGGAAGGAGAACUUGCGCCAGAUUUUCUGAAUGUUGAACUGAUGAAUCCAGAUCUGGGCAGCCACACUACUAGCAGCAAAAAGAAGAAAUCAAAGAAGAAGUCGAGGAAAAGAGAAAAACGUAAUCGUGAUGAAAUUGGGGAAGUAACGGGAGAUGUGGAUCAAUCUGAAUCAAAAUCACGUCGCAAAAAGAAGAGCAAGAAGAAGUCGAAACGUUCAAGUGAAGUAAAUCCAAGUUUUGAAUAUGGCAGUGAGAAUAGAAGGCUGAAAGAAGAAUUAAUUUUCGGCUGUUUGGAAUCUGCAAAAUUUAAUACAGAUACCGAGAUUAUUGCUUCAAAAAGUUUCGAAGCUUUAUCGAAAACUGACGCUUUGGAUCAUAGAUUCUCCAAACGUGAGACAAAGUUACUGAGGAAGCAAUCUCUAGAAAACAUGGGAUACCUCGAAUCCAUCUCACAAAGUUCGGAACUGGAACAUCAGCAUUCCAAAACUAUUUCAACUGAUCCAGCUAAAGUUUCAACGAGUUCGAAAUUCGAUUGGGAAGAGCUCACUGAUCCAGAUCGAUUCAGUUACGACGUCAAUGAUGAGAUUAAAAGAGGGUCUGACAAUUCUGCAUCUAAACGAAAAAUGACUGAAGAAUUGGAAGAGUUAUCGACCAACUUUGAUAGGAGAAAGUUUGUGAAACAAUCUAACGACUCGAUAAUUAAUAUCGGAGAGACAAAAGGUGAUGUUAAAUUGAGUCAAGACUCUCAGUUAUCAUUUAAAGAUAAUGUUAGUUAUACAUUGAAGACAGCUGACUCGGAAGAUAGUAAAUCAGCCAUUGGAGUUGACGACUCGCAGGAUAUAGAGAGCCCCAAUAUAUUCGAAUGCGAGCAAGAAGAGAAUUUCGUUUUGGAGAAGAAUGUAGAAGUGUUCAAGGAGACCGAGAAAUCAAACCAAGGCUCCGAGCGCAACUUCAAGAUCAUUUCAAAGGAAAGCCGAGACAAGGAAAUGGAGGGAUUUGACAUCAAGUUUGAUCAGCCAAAAAACUUGGAAGGGCUCCAGUACUGUGCUGGUGAGAGCAGUACUGGUGGCCAAGCCGAAGAAAAGGACUCAUCAGACAGGUACAGUCCAUCGAAUGUGAUAGACGCCUUCUCACCAGACAGCAACCGAACAACCGACAACGGACCUGAGGAGAUGGACAUCGCCAACUCCACCUCAAGUCCGUUCCAAGCCGCAAGGGCACCCAGCUUAUCCAACAGUGCCAGUCACGACAACCUAUCCGUCAUGCUUGACAUUCCUCUACCUCCGAGCAACCUCACAGCUGAUGCUCUCUCUUUCUCCAACCCUAUCACUAAAGCUGCAACCCCCUGCCCUGCACCGGUUCCCCCUCCACAACUACCCUCCGUCAAAAUCCCUCUCAACGUGCCCCCAUCAUCUUUCAAGAACGUCUUCAACAUCCUCCCCCAAUCAACUCAACAACCUGCAACUGAUAAAAUCGAAUCGUCUCCUGCGGAAAGUAGUAGCCCUCUAAAGAUAAAACCCGUACGACAACCAACUAAACUCGUACUAGAAAAACAAGCGGUCAAAUUGCGCACAACCAACGUGUUCCACAUGUUCGACGACGACGACGAAGAAGAAGAAAGCACGCCCAAGUCGACAAACAAGAUGCCUUUGUUGGACAACACAUCCGACUCUAGUUUGAAAACGUCCAAUUCAGUUACCAAACCAGCUGAAGUUGUUGAAAAAGUUGUCACCCCUGUGAAGAUGCCUGAUAAACCCGAAGAGGAUCAGUCGUCCACUAGCAAGGACAAAAUCUUGUCCCCCUGGGAGCCCGGCUCUGAUGAGAUGCAGGAAUCUUUCGCUGCUAAGCAGAAAGAUGAAAGUGUGGCUGAAGCUUGUCCAUUGAGUCCCAGUGAAGGUAAACCUCCGUUGAUACCAGUCGAAGAGAUUGCAGCUUCUAUUAAUUAUCAGGGAGGAAAUGUAGGCGCCAGUUUCAAUUUCGACAAGCCGUUUGAACAAUUGAGUGAGGGAAGAGUUGGCGAUGGUGUGGAGGAACAGAAGUUGGAAACCCAAAUAGAAAAACCCGACGACCGUACCAAGGAAAGCGGUGAGAAACGAAGGAGAAGUCGUUCACGCAGUAAGGACAGACGACGUAGGCGAGAUCGCUCCAGUGAACGACAGAGACGGAGAGAGAGCUCGAGAGAUCGGCGAGAUCGUCGUAGGAAAGAAAAGGAAAGUAGAUCAUCGAGGAGAGAUCGGUCCCGGUCCAGAGACAGGUCGCACCGAUCCAGUCGACAGAGGUCUGAUAGGAGGAGGUCGUCCAGAGAGAGGACGUCGGAUGACAGGAGAGAUAGGCGACGGGAUAAUGACGAUUCCCGGCCAAGGAAGAGGGAAGACGAGCCAUAUAGAGUGAGAAAGGAAGAGGGUGAACAAGUGGGGUAUGAUGUGAAUGUGGUGAUCAAACAAGAGAAGGACACUGAACAAUUUGACAACAGUUUAGAUAUGAAAGUGGCAGCUGAUAUGUCUCAACCACCACCCGAGUUCUAUUCUCAGGGCUAUUGUAGGCAGGAUAUGGUAGUAGGCAUGGUGGCAGAAGACGCACAAACUUCGCCCCCAUCACCAUUGGGUUUCAAAAGGAGUGUAGCUGCCGAUUCGACAACAGUAGUAGGUGAUAAUAACGACCUAGUCAAACCGAAAAGACUGAUCCGCUAUUCGCCCGAACUGUCGCCGAAAAGACUAUCACUCGACGAAAGACUGGCGCGUGAGUUGGGCGUCAAGGAAGACUCUGCCCCUCCCCCUCCGCCGCCUCCUCACCCUCUUCCCCAUCAACAACAUCAAAACUUCCACCACUAUCAACACCAACAACAUCUCCAGUAUCCACCACAUCAGCUGCAGAGUUUAAACUACCAACAGCUACAGCAGCAUUUGAGUGUGCCUCCGCCCCCUCCACCUGCCGUCAAUCCGGCACCUGUCGGACUAAUGCAUCAUCAUCAUCACCAUCAUCAGCAGCAGCCGCAGCAUAUUCCGCUGCUAUCGCCUAAUCCGACCGCUGUCAACUGGGAUAAUCCGGAGGCGUUCAUUGGCCAACACAACAUGGCUAGCAUCACCACUCCGUCGCCUGUCAAAAUGGCCGCUAAUUCACCGUUCCUCCAGGUUGGCAACAUGCUUCAAGUCGUGCCUUCAGAUCCUGUUGAAAAGUCACCCGCCUCGCUCCAAGUUACACCAGGAAAGGGGCAAAAGACGCCAGACGGUGGACCAGGACCAUCGAUGAUACAGGUUGGUAAUAUAUUGCAGCUGAUUCCGUCGCCAUCUUUAUCGAGCACGGGGUCGACACCCAUCAAAACAGCAGCUCCGGAGAAGCAGAUGCUGGAACCGGUGCCAGUGGUUGCCGAGAUGUCCGCUGCUAGCGCUAGUGGCUCAGAGCAGCAAAGUUUGGCAACAGCGCCAAUGCCCGCCAUGACUGCCGCUUCCAUUGUUGCCGCACUCUUCAAAAAGGACAAACAUCCUUUGGCGUUGCCUAUGCCUCCUGCUAUGUCUGAAGCAGAGAAAGUCGAACAAAAGAAUCUAGAGAAGAAGCAGAAACGUCUCGAAAAGGAAGCACGCAAACAAGCCAAACUAAAAAAGGCAACUAAGAAAAUGAUUAGGAAAGCAUUGCUAUUCAAAGAAGGGCUGACACUGAACUCUGACGUGGACAACGAAGAAAUGAAAUUGAUAGAGGAGGCAAUGGAAGCGUCGACGACAGAAGAGACGCCGGUGGCGCCAGCAGUUGGCCAGACUGUCGAGAUAGAAGACGUCGAUCCUUUAGUCAACGAGCAGAGGAUGGCAGCCCUGCGACGGCCUCUACCCCCUCCCCCUGAGAAAGGCAUUCUUAUUUCACCCGGUUUCAGGGAGAAACCGAUAAUAAUCGGACAAAAGUCGGAAGCGAAGUCGGUGUCGUUCGCAGACGGCAUCCGGCCGGGCGAAGGCCAGUCGCCGACCAACGCCGAGGACCACCCGCACUCCCCGCCCCCCGACACAAAACUGCCCAAAAAGAAGAAGCUGUCCAAAAAGAAGAAGAAGAAGAAGAUCAAGGUGAAGAUCAUUCGCGUGGAGGAGGGCGAUGAUGACGAUGAUGAUGAGGAUGAUGACAUCUCCCCUCCUCCCCCUCCGCCCGGAUCACCCCCGCCCAUGUUCCACUACCCGCCUCCACCACCCGGAUUCGCAUACCCACCGCAGGCUUUCACAGUACCAGGGGGGGCAGCACCGAGUGCAGGCGUGGCUCCACCUUGUGGCGAAGGUCAGCCACCGGGCGGGUAUGCACCCCUGUACCAGCAGCACCACCACAGCAGCACCAUCACCACACACACCACCACCACCGUCCAGUUUGGGCCACCACCACCUCCGCCGCCUCCACCGCCCCCGCAAAAGUAGUUGAUCGUGAUAGAAGGAAUAAACCAAUAGGAGGAUUUGUAUUUGUAACUCAUAAUUUACAAAAGAUCUGCUUGCUGGGAUUAUUGAAUAAAUACAUACUAUACACGUAUGUCCCGAUAUUCAUUUAUAUUUUAAUCAGUUGAAGAAAGUAUUUUUGACUCAUCACUGGUUGUGUUAUGUUAUGAAUUUCAAAAUUGUAUCCGACUACUUUUGAUAGAUCAAUCAACCAACUUUGAGUAAAAGUGAAUGAUAUUGAAUAAUUGGUGUAGAAUCCUAAAUUAUACCAUUCCAAACACAGGCGGGCAGAUAAAGUCAUAUUAUUCUGCUAUGAAGGUACUUACAGCUAUUGACCUAGAAUUUCGCAAAUAGGCUAUACAGUAAAACUUAUAAAUUGAAUAUUUCAAUUUUGUUCUGUUUUUUAACUUCAAUAUAAACCAGUAAUGGAGCUCUAUAAAAACACAGUAUUUUAAAGCAGUAUUGACAAUUCAUUUUAUUUUGAAAUAUGAAAUGUUCUUCUAUCUAUAACUCAACACAAAAAUCUAAAUAUUCAAAUAAAUUCUAUUGUUUUUCAUGAUUUUAAAUGUUAUUCUAAAAUUAAUUUCAUUUUAAAUAAUUAAUUUUAUUAUAAUUGUCCAUUCAACAAUAAAUAAUUUGCUUUCGAGUUGUAGGAUGCUCAUCUUUCUUUUUUUUGAAGUUAAUCUUCAUUGUUCAAGUAUAUUUACAAUACCUCAAAAUCAACGAAUUUUUUUUAAUGAUUACCUCAAAAUCUAACAGAUGUUUCACUUUCGGAAUUUCGUCAUCGCUGUAUUAAUCAUGAUAUUAUUCCUAACUUCAAGUGAAACAUUUUUUUGAUUAUAUUAUUUUAAAAAUUUCAAUCACCUUUGUAUUUUAUCGUUCUAUAUUAAAAACUUUCUUGAUUAUAUUAUUUUUAAAAUUUUAAUCACCUUUGUAUUUUAUUGUUCUAUAUUACUAAGCUUUUAAAAAAGUGUUUUUUAUCAGUGCUUCUCUUAUUGGAAGUCUCAUAAUAUUUUGAAAAUGAAACUGUUGUAAUUCUUCGAAUAACUUACAGCGUAUGUAAUAACGUAAAUAUUGAUACAUUUGCAUUAAUAUCCACUCAUAUGGAUGAUAAAAUUUAAGAUCUUAAAUUCAAUCCCAUAUUGACAUUCAAAAUACAAAAUUGAAAUAAUGAAUAUUCAAUAUUAUUUUGAAAUAAUUAUAAAUACUGUUCCUAUAAAAUUGCAGUAACAUUAAAAUUCAAAUCAUGAUACAAUAUCAUCAAUCCAAGCUGCGAAUAUUUCCACACUAUUAUAAUAAACCGAUUCAAAUAUUAAGUGUUUCAUAUUAUUUGUUGAAGACUUUUUAGUAAUCGCAAAUGAAGUUGAAAAAAUAUAUUUUAUAUAUAAAAUAUUUCAAAUAAAAAUCCAUUAUUUUACAUUUGUUUUAGUAGAAAUUAUACUUUUAGGGGAUAGAUAUUGAUGGUUUUAAUCCUAUUUUUAGUUUUAGAAGUGCAAUUUUAAUUAUGUAUAUAAAUUAUUUAUUUCGACCAAAUUUUAUUUUUACCAAAUUGUUUUAAUAUAAUCUUGUUUCAUUGAAUAUUAGGUAGUAUUGUGAUGAUUUAUCAAUAUUAUUAUUGAAGGGUUCGCUUCAAGACUUCCUCAUACUAAUUAGUAACUGAUUAUAAAUCUUGAAUGAGCAGAAAAAUUAUUCCGAUAUUUUGUAAGGAAUUGAGAACUCCAUGUUUACUAGCCAUAUUUUAUAAUUUUUUUUGUUCUUUUCAGAAUGCAUGGUACGGAUAAGUUAUGCCCUCUUAUAGACAUUUAAUAUAUGCAUUGGUUUUAACCCAACAGUGAGGUACGUUUCUUUUAACUAUACUGAUAUCAUCAGAGCCCUAUUAACGUAGGGAAACUUCAAUUUUAAUUUUUAUUUAUUCAAACUAGGUUAAAAUGUUAUCUAUGUUCAAACAUAAUUCUGUUACAAGACCAUGAUUUUAGUAUUGCAUUUUUACGUAAGAAAGUUUUUCUUAUCAAUUAGUUUCAUUAUUUUCUGCAAAAUAUUUUUAUUCAUGGAAGGUUGGAGGGAACAGGAUUAGGUUCAGGGAAAUACUUGUGUUUAAACCCCGCAAGCCCGCAUGCCUUAUCUUGCUGCGGGGUUUAAAUGCUCAAAUUUGAUUGUAAUUUUGUACUUAUUGUGAUGACAAGCAUAACUAUUCAGCACAAUGAGUAUGACUUUAAUAUGUGAAUAAACAAAUGUUAUCAUUGAACUAAAACUUCAAGAAUUUGAUGUCAUCAGAAUCAUGGUCUUUCAACUAGAAUUAUUGUUAUACAUGAACCUGAAACUCUCUUAGGGUACAACUAAUGAAUCAGGUAAAAUAAUUUAAUAUAAUCGAAAGUUGAGAGGUUCUAUAUUAAUAAUUUGUUUUAAUUGGUUAUUUUUCAAGAUUUGAAAUUCUUAAUUUAUUUAGAUAAUCUGUUUGAUUAUCUAAUAAAUUUGGUUUUAAUUGGUUAUUUUUAAGAUCUAAAAAUCUAAUUUAUUUAGAUAAUUUAAUAGUAUCGAAAGUUGAGAGGUUCAAUAUUAAUUACCUGUUUUAAUUGGUUAUUUUUUAAAAUUUCUCUUAAAAUAAUUUUAAUAUAUUUCUAAAUUAAUACUGUUGAAAUAGAACUAUUGUUGUUCAAUGAAAUGUUUAUUUACUUCAAGUAACGAAUUCCUUCAUUCAUCAUGGUAUAUAUUACAGUGAAAAUAUAGGUAAUAAAAUAAAUUUGAAAUAUGUAUUCAAUUCACUGGCAUCAGAAUAGAUUGAAAUCGAUGUAAUGACGUGUAAAUAUCAGUGUUAUAAAUAUCUUGAAUGUAAAUAAAUGAUCUUUUUUCAUAA